AUGGCUACUUCCACCAACAAGAAGAUUCGUGAAGCCUCGCAGCUGGACCAGCUCAAGCAAUUUACCACUGUAGUGGCCGACACGGGCGAUUUUGGGCAGAUUAACAAGUACAAGCCGCAGGAUGCCACUACGAAUCCGUCGCUGCUGUUCAAGGCCGCUCAAAUGGAGCAGUACUCUGCUCUCAUUGAUGACGCUAUUGUGUACGGCAAAGGCUUAUCGGCCGACAUGUCCGAGAAGGAGCGUAUCGGCUACGUCAUCGACAAGCUGUCGGUGAAUUUCGGCGUGGAGAUUCUCAAGAUUGUGCCUGGCUACGUGUCCACCGAGGUCGACGCUCGUCUGAGUUUUGACACGGAGGCUACGAUCGCGCGCGCCCAUCGGAUUAUCGAUCUGUACGAGAAGGCUGGUAUCAAGAAGGACCGCAUCCUCAUCAAGAUUGCCAGCACUUGGGAGGGCAUUCAGGCGUGCAAGCACUUGCAGAAAGAGGGCAUCUCGUGUAACAUGACACUUCUCUUCGGCUUCGCCCAAGCUGUAGGCUGUGCCGAGGCCGGUGCUACUCUCAUCUCGCCCUUUGUGGGCCGUAUCCUGGACUGGCACAAGGCCAAAACCGGCAAGUCUAGCUACGAAUCUCACGAGGACCCUGGUGUAGUAUCCGUGACCAAGAUCUACCAGUACUACAAAAAGUACGACUACAAGACCAUUGUCAUGGGUGCCAGCUUCCGUAACACUGGUGAGAUCACUGAGCUAGCUGGCUGUGAUCGUUUGACCAUCUCCCCUGGUCUCCUGGAGGAGCUUACCAAGUCGACCAGCAAGCUAGACAAGAAGCUGGACCCCGAGACGGCCGCCAAGGCGUACACGGGUGAAAAAGUGUCCUACGAUGAGAAAGACUUUCGUUUGAGCAUGAAUGAGGACGCCAUGGCCACGGAAAAGCUUGCCGAGGGAAUUCGUGGUUUCAGCGCCGACAUCGUCAAGCUCGAGCAGAUCCUCAAGGAGAAGCUGAGCGCUUAA